CCUUAGAUCUCACUUUCCGGUCAGUACCGAGAUCCCUGAAGGCUGGUUGGGCUGGUGAGGCCUGAGGAAUAGAAGUACUGCUGAGUGGCCAGCUUCUGGGAUUUCUGAGAAGCCCUGCUCAAUACAAGAUGGACCCUGUGGUCUUGAGUUAUAUGGACAGUCUAUUGCGACAAUCAGAUGUCUCACUAUUGGACCCUCCAAACUGGCUCAACGACCACAUUAUUGGGUUUACCUUUGAAUACUUUGCCAGUAGUCAGUUUCAUGAUUGCUCAGACCAUGUCUGCUUCAUCAGCCCUGAAGUCACCCAGUUCAUUAAGUGCACCAGCAGCCCUGCAGAGAUUGCCAUGUUCCUUGAACCCCUGGAUCUUCCCCACAAAAGAGUGGUAUUCUUAGCCAUCAAUGAUAAUUCUAACCAGGCAGCCGGAGGUACCCACUGGAGUUUGUUGGUUUAUCUCCAAGAUAAAAAUAGCUUCUUUCAUUAUGAUUCCCAUAGCAGGAGCAACUCAAUCCAUGCAAAACAGGUAGCAGAGAAACUGAAGGCUUUCUUAGGGAGCAAAGGAGACAAACUGGUCUUUGUGGAAGAGAAAGCCCCAGCUCAACAGAACAGCUAUGACUGUGGGAUGUACGUGAUAUGUAACACCGAGGCCUUGUGUCAAAAUCUCUUUAGACGACAGCCGGAAUCCCCACUGCAGCUCCUCACCCCGACAUACAUCACAAAGAAGAGGGGAGAAUGGAAAGAUCUAAUUGCCAGACUUGCUAAAAAAAAAACCAAAGUAGCUACUGAAGAAUGCUUGUGAUGUUUGAAGUCUGGUCUUUCUGCCUUUCUCUAUGGUGACAGCCUCAGUGCCUGAGGGAAAAACACUAGUAGAUGAAAGUUUACUAUUCCUGCUUCUUUAUUGUUCUGAAAGAAUGUCAUCCUCUGCGUUCUCUGAAUGGGAAGUUUCACUGUAACCCUGAGGAGAGCAGUGCAUUCUGUGAAAAUGUCUGGAACUUAUGUACCAAAACCUUAAAAAAAAAAAAAAAAAACUCAUUACACAGUUUCAAGUAAGAGUCUUCUUUUCUUGUUGGUAUAAAACUAUUGUCCCUUUUGGUCUCCCUUCCUCGUUGGCUUAUUCCAAAGAAGUGAUAUUCCAAAGCAAACCAAUAAGAUAUGAGAUCUAAAGAUGUGCCUGAAGAAAACAACAGAAGAACCAACAUCUUUGUCUCAUAGCCAUAGUGAGAGGCAUCUGACUGGAAGUGGAUCGUUACCUAACUCCAUUUAUGGCCUUCGAUUUAUAAAAAUAAGGUAUUCUCUGGUGCAAAGGCUUUCCUGUCUGCAAAUAAUAUAGAUGCCUUUAGCUCAUCUUUAUCUAUUUCCUGGAAUGCUUUAAGAACAUGGAACUUCAUUAAAAUAAAUGCCUGUGGGCUGGGAAAUAACUUUGAGGAAGAGCACCUGCUGUGGUGUGCAGGAAGCCUUGAACUCAAUUCCACACUGCAGUAAAUUUAACACAACAACCCCCCUGCUGGCGUGUGGCGCAUCUCUUGUUUCCCUCAGUGAAUAGGUGACUCAGCUCUAAGUGUAAUGACUUCCCUUUGCUGUGUCCUUUACAGGUACAUAGUCCCUCCCUUUAUCUCACAUGCUUUGGUUCUAAAACUCACAGUUGAUAACUAA